UACACUUUAACUCACAUUCCACAUGUCCUCCGAUUCUGCCAUUGUUCAAACCGCAAGAGCUGCCAGACAAGCCUCUGUUGCUCUUCAGUCUGUAACUGAUAAACAAAAGAAUGAAGCUUUGCUGAGAAUUAAGCAAGUUUUGGCUGAGCGCAAGGCCGAGAUUUUCGAAGCCAAUGAGGUUGACAAAAAGCUGGCUGAAGAGCAAGUAGCACAGGGAAAGCUUAGCAGCUCCUUAUUUAAGCGCUUGGAUAUCUGCAAUGGAGACAAGUUCGACUCUAUUCUCUCUGGAGUUGAGGAUAUCACUCACCUUCCUGACCCUACCAAGCGAGUCAGUCUAGCUACCAAGUUGGAUGACGAUUUAGAAUUGUACCGUGUUUCUGUACCUGUUGGCGUCUUACUCACCAUUUUCGAAGCUCGUCCCGAAGUGGUCGUCAACAUUUCUUGCCUUGCUCUUAAAUCGGGUAAUGCUGUUAUUCUGAAGGGAGGAAAGGAAGCAUCGCACACAAACGCUGUCCUUGCCAAGGUCAUUCAAGACGCCUUGAACAGCCUUCCUGCUGAUUCGUCUAUUCCCAAAGAAGCCGUUCAGAUUGUCGAGACCAGAGAAGAUAUCAGCGCGUUAUUGGAAUUGGAUCGCUUCAUUGAUAUGGUUGUUCCUCGUGGAAGCAACAGCCUUGUUAAAUAUAUUCAGAACAAUACCAGAAUCCCUGUCUUGGGUCAUGCUGAUGGUUUAUGCUCUCUGUUUGUUGACAAGGAUGCUGAUAUUGAGAAGGCAAAGAAGAUUGUUGUUGAUUCCAAGACCAACUACCCAGCUGCUUGCAACUCAGCUGAAACUCUUCUUGUGCACCAAGACCUCUUGCAAUCCGAUAAAUUCGCUGCUGUUGCAACUGCACUCUUGAACGCCGGUGUUUCUCUUCGAUGUGAUACAGCUACAUACAAUGCCCUGUCAAACGUUGAUAGUAAAUUCAAGGAACAGGUUUCUAAGUCCACUGAUGAGGAUUACGACACUGAGUUCCUUGACCUGACUAUUGCCGUCAAAGUCGUCCAAGACGUUUCUGAGGCGAUUGAUCACAUUAUUGAGCACGGCUCCAAGCACACAGAUUGUAUCAUCACUGAAGAUGCAUCCGUAGCAGAAUUUUUCAUGGCGCGAGUUGAUGCUGCUGGAUGCUAUUGGAACGCAAGUACUCGAUUUGCUGAUGGAUUCCGUUAUGGUUUUGGUGCUGAAGUCGGCGUUUCGACUAACAAGACUCAUGCUCGUGGCCCUGUGGGCUUGGAAGGCUUGGUUAUUUACAAGUAUCGGGUGUACGGUAACGGUAAUGCCGCUGGUGACUAUGGCUCUGGCAAAAAGCAAUAUCUCCACCAAGCCAUCGAUGAGACCAACUACAAGAUCUAAAGAAAAAAAAAGUCGAAUAGUGUCAUAGAACCCUUUUUCACGUCAUCUAGAGCAGAUUGUAAAAUAAACCUGUAUUCAACCAUUAUUCCUUUACCGAG